UAUACAGAGUUUGUUCAGCUCGUUGUGACGCGCAUGCAAAAGUUGCAUUAUGAGAUACGAAAGUUGCAGCGCUCGCCCAGCUCUCGCGACUGCUAAUGUGCAUUAGCUAGCGCAGUCGAGCCCGUCUAAUCAAACUCUUUAGUACAAAUAUGCUUUUUAUCCACGGUUGACAGUCUGUAUACGGUGUCGUCGGUUUAAAAUGACAUCGAGGGAAUGACAUACGCCAGUGUUCACACAGCGUUUCUGUUUUGACCGCAUCCAACUGUCUGAAGCGGCUGCAUUUGUAUGUUCGGUGACACUUGACAUUAGCAUCAGCUCGUUUGUCGAUUCGGCGCGGAUUUGAUUAAGCCUUUAUUGUGAUUUGUAUUCGAAUGGCUGAAGGGUAACUUGUACUGGAGUUUUGUGUGUGUGUGCGUGUUUGAGGGGCGUUUACCGUGUUGAAGCUAGCAGAAGCUUUUUUGACGGGUAGAUCACGGGCUGUCGGGAGUUUGACAAGCUGCUUAUGUAAUGCUGGCGAUUCCCCGCUCGACCUCAAAAGACGAAGAACAACAACGAGUAUUCAGAGCGCGGCUAAGUUUAUUUUGUGACAAGACUUGUGUGCGUCGUCAUAACGGCGCAUUUAGUUGUUUUUGCGACUCGCUGCUGUUUAAAUAGUGUCGAAGCUGCAGCGCGUCCUGUUAAAUCUAUUGACCAUGCGGGAAGUUAAACGAGAAACUAUUGUGAACGCCACCUAAACGCAUGGACAGCUUUGGACUUGUAUAGAAAUGCAUUUUUCGUCAUAAAUCUGUUAAGGAUUGAGAUAUGGAUCGUGGACUGAAACGCAGCAGUAACAAUACUGAUAAUUUAACUUUUGGGGAAUGUAUUGAGAGAGGCCUUGUUCCGGAAAUUGGUGUCAAUGCGCCCGCUUUAAAUACAUCAAAAGAUUUCUCAAACGGACUGAGUGGUAGUGACGUUCAAAGAAGCCUGUCUAUGGUAGAUCCAUCCUUAAUGGGACGUAACACACAAGAACCAGAUGUCAAAGUAUUGAAACCCUUCAGAAUGCAGCACCAGCAAAAGGCAAAAGAGCCCCUUAGUCUCAACAUUGGGGAGAACUUUUCACUCUUGGACGAGAGCAUUGCCGACUUAAACCGUGACUCUGACAUCCAGGCUCUGGACACUUUUAAAGUGAAAAUGGAGGAGCUGUCCCCCACGGAGAAAGAGAGGCUGGACUUUCCGCCCUAUGGCCAAAUGGAGAAGGAAAUGGCGGGUCACGAGAGGGUUAUUGGAGACAACACCAUGGACAUCCUAAAGGAUCUGGACUUACCUGACUCACUCACUGACCUGAAUGAGUUCUACGUUACGGACGAGACUGCCUUUCUCUCCUCGCUGGCAGUGGAUGAUGCCCUGUUGGCAGAAAGCAACUUGAUGAAGGAUACCAGCCCUGUUGUCACUGGCAACAGUGCAGCGUGUACAAAUGUGAACGGCACAGGGAAACGGCAGCAGAUGGUGGAAGCCAGUGUCAACAUGCCGGUCAUAAAAACGGAGAAAGAGACAGACUUUAUCCAGCUUUGCACACCGGGUGUCAUCAAACAGGAAAGUGAGAGGCGGAGCUACUGUCAGAUGUCAGGGAUGGGUGGGUCUCACGGUGGGCCCACCGCGUUGGGAGAUAUGGGCAGCCCGGGAUACCACUAUGGAGGCAACACCUCCUCAGCUGCGAGUUUACCCGAUCAGAAACCUCCGUUCGGCCUGUUUGCUCACUUACCCGGCUUUAGUGACGGCUGGGGUAGAGGAAAUGGAUAUGGAGAUUCAUCUGGGAUGCAGAGAGCCAAUGAGACAGUACUUCCGUCCACCUAUCCAUUCAGCAGGCCUGAAGUGAGCAGUUCCAAUCCGUCCGGAUCAGUCAAGCCCAGCGGAAACGGCCAUAAGAUCUGCUUGGUGUGCUCAGAUGAGGCCUCUGGAUGUCAUUAUGGUGUGCUCACCUGUGGCAGCUGCAAGGUUUUCUUCAAAAGAGCCGUAGAGGGAUGGAGAGCACGACAAAACACUGAUGGGCAGCACAACUAUCUCUGCGCUGGAAGAAAUGAUUGCAUUAUCGACAAGAUAAGGAGGAAAAACUGCCCGGCAUGCCGCUUCCGCAAGUGUCUUCAGGCCGGCAUGAAUCUGGAAGCUCGAAAAAACAAGAAACUAAUGCGGUUGCGGGGACAUUCGUCCUCAAGUGAGCAGGCGCCCACUCUGCCCGAAGAGAACAUGUGCUCGCUGGUGCCCAAGGCCAUGCCCCAGCUGGUGCCCACCAUGCUGUCCCUGCUCAAAGCCAUUGAGCCGGAGAUCAUUUACUCGGGCUACGACAGCACCAUCCCGGACACCUCCACCCGCCUCAUGACGACACUUAACCGCUUGGGCGGCCGUCAAGUCGUCUCUGCAGUCAAGUGGGCCAAAGCCCUUCCUGGCUUCAGAAACCUGCACUUGGAUGACCAGAUGACACUGUUGCAGUGCUCCUGGCUCUUCCUCAUGUCCUUCGGCUUGGGCUGGAGAUCCUACCAGCAGUGUGAUGGAGGCAUGCUGUGUUUCGCUCCAGACCUCGUCAUCAAUGAGGAGAGGAUGAAACUGCCCUACAUGGGUGACCAGUGUAACCAGAUGCUGAAGAUUGCCAGUGAGCUGGUCCGGCUGCAGGUGUCCUACGACGAGUAUCUCUGCAUGAAAGUGCUUCUCCUCCUCAGCACAGUACCAAAGGAUGGCCUUAAAAGCCAAGCUGUGUUUGAUGAAAUCCGCAUGUCGUACAUCAAGGAGCUUGGAAAAGCCAUUGUUAAACGAGAGGAGAACUCCAGCCAGAACUGGCAGAGGUUCUACCAGCUCACUAAGCUUUUGGACACCAUGCAGGAGAUGGUGGAAGGGCUUCUCGACUUCUGUUUCUACACGUUUGUGAAUAAAUCUCUGAGUGUGGAGUUUCCUGAGAUGUUGGCAGAGAUCAUCAGCCAUCAGCUACCAAAAUUUAAAGAUGGGAGUGUCAAGCCUCUUCUGUUCCAUCAGAAAUGACUGCCUUAGAUCAUAACAAUGCCUUAACGCCACCCUUCCCUUACCAGCGCCAGUCCAACCUGCCCGCU